AUGCUCCCAAUCAACAAAAAUCCACCUGUCCAAAAUCAGAUUGGUGUAGAAUUUUCUACACCCGCCCAAGAAACUUGCUACCAUUCUCUAGGAGGUAGAAUUCAGGAAGCCCAAAAAUUUGCGGGCAUUCCUACCCUCUGGUCUUUACACAUUGACACUAAACAUAUCCUCAAGACUAAAUUCUCAACAUACCAAAAAGGCGAUAUUUUCUGGUCAACCCUUUUCGAUCUGCUUGGAGAUGGAAUCUUUAACGUCGAUGCGGACGAAUGGAAGUUCCAGAGACAGCUUUCCAGCGAUGAAUUUAACACGAACUCUCUUCGCCAUUUCGUCGAAAAUGUUGUCGAUGAUGAACUCAACAAAUGUUUAAUCCCAAUAUUAACCACUGCUGCUGCUAAUGAUACGGUUCUUGAUCUCCAAGACAUUCUUCAAAGAUUUGCACUGGAUAAUAUUUGCAGGAUCGCUUUUGGGUAUGAUCCUGCUUACUUAACUCCGUUGCUGCCAAAAGCUAAAUUUGCAGUUGCUUCAAAUCGACUCUUGCUUUCUCUUUCACAGGGGUUUCUUUGUGCGUUCCCUUCACCUCCAUUGAUGUCGUUUUCCAAGGCCAGUCUGGAUAAUCAGCAUCAUCGGUGGAGAUCUCAAUACUUUCCAACUUCUCUUCCAUCACAUGAAGGUGUAAACACUCGUUUGACAGCAACUGCUCCUGGAAUCGGUGAUUCCCCCGAUCAUGGAGUUGAAGAAGAGAUCGUUCAAGCUGCAAUUGAGGCUUCCAAACAGGAUUCCCAGAUGAGUCAAAGGCAAUUGGAGGAUCCUGAUUUAGCACAAGCAGUUUCUCUAUCUUUAAAGACUGUUGAGCAAGCAAAAGCCUUACGCCAGCUAAGAUCUGAAGUGGGACCAUCAGAACCAAGAGGUUCUGAGUUUGAGCUGGAAGAAGUUGUUGGGGUACAAAGUUAUUCAUGA